UUUGUUGCGAAAGCAGAAAGGGGGGGCAAGGUCCUGCGGUUUCGACGCGCCGCGCGGAUAGACGCGGCGGGCGGGGCGGAGGAUGGAAGCGGUAGCGUCCGCUGCGACGGUUGGGGCUGCGCGUGAGAAGGUGGCGGUGUAGGCACCUGGGCUGGGUGGAGACCGGAGGCGGCAGCCGAGCCAUGGCGGGAGACCGGGUCCGCUGGACUCCCUAAGGUGCGCUCCCUGAAAUCCCAGGGAGUAGUGGCCUAUGGGCUCGCUGAGCAGCCGAGUGCUGCGCCACCAGGGGCGAGCCCGAGCCCAGCAGGAGUCGGGUUCUGGGGCGGGGGGCUCGGCCCGGAGGCUGGAGACUGGCGGCGAAGCAGCCGAUCACGGCUUCUAUUACUGCCCGGGCAGCCGCAAACGCAAGCGGAGCAGCGGGGCCCUCUGCUACUGUCACCCCGACUCCGAGACAGACGAGGAUGAAGAGGAAGGGGACGAGCAGCAGCGGCUCCUCAACACCCCUCGUAGGAAAAAAUUGAAGAGUACAUCCAAAUAUAUUUAUCAAACAUUAUUUUUGAAUGGUGAAAAUAGUGACAUUAAGAUUUGUGCUCUAGGAGAAGAAUGGAGCUUACACAAAAUAUAUUUAUGUCAAUCUGGCUACUUUUCUAGUAUGUUCAGUGGUUCUUGGAAAGAAUCCAGCAUGGAUAUUAUUGAACUGGAGAUUCCUGACCAGAAUAUUGAUGUAGAAGCAUUGCAGGUUGCAUUUGGGUCACUGUAUCGAGAUGAUGUCUUAAUAAAGCCUAGUCGAGUUAUUGCCAUUUUGGCAGCAGCGUGUAUGCUACAGUUGCACAUAUUCAGACCUAAUUUUUUCCCACAUGAAAUGGGCCUUUCCAGUGCUUAUUUAUAUUUACAGGAUGGUUUAAUACAGCAAUGUGGUGAAACAAUGAAGGAAACAAUUAAUGUGAAAACUGUAUGUGGCUAUUACACAUCAGCAGGGACCUAUGGAUUAGAUUCUGUAAAGAAAAAGUGCCUUGAAUGGCUUCUAAACAAUUUGAUGACUCACCAGAAUGUUGAACUUUUUAAGGAACUCAGUAUAAAUGUUAUGAAACAGCUCAUUGGUUCAUCUAACUUAUUUGUGAUGCAAGUGGAGAUGGAUGUAUACACAGCUCUUAAAAAGUGGAUGUUCCUUCAACUUGUGCCUUCUUGGAAUGGAUCUUUAAAACAGCUUUUGACUGAAACAGAUGUCUGGUUUUCUAAGAAGAGAAAAGAUUUUGAAGGUAUGACCUUCCUUGAAACUGAGCAAGGAAAACCAUUUGUGUCAGUAUUCAGACAUUUAAGGCUGCAAUAUAUUAUCAGUGACUUGGCCUCUGCAAGAAUUGUUGAACAAGAUUCUCUAGUACCUUCAGAAUGGCUGUUUUCAGCGUAUAAACAGCAGUGGCUUGCUAUGCUCCGGGCAGAACAAGAUAGUGAGAUGGGGCCUCAGGAAAUCAAUAAAGAAGAAGUAGAGGGAAACAGCAUGAGAUGUGGUAGAAAGCUUGCCAAAGAUGGUGAAUACUGCUGGCGAUGGACAGGUUUUAACUUCGGCUUUGACCUGCUUGUAACUUACACCAAUCGAUACAUCAUUUUCAAACGCAAUACACUGAAUCAGCCAUGUAGUGGAUCUGUCAGUUUACAGCCUCGAAGGAGCAUAGCAUUUAGAUUACGUUUGGCCUCUUUUGAUAGUAGUGGAAAACUAAUAUGUAGUAGAACAACUGGCUAUCAGAUACUUACACUUGAAAAGGAUCAGGAACAAGUAGUGAUGAACUUGGACAGCAGGCUUCUGAUCUUCCCUUUAUAUAUCUGCUGUAACUUCCUGUAUAUAUCACCAGAAAAAAGAACGGAAAAUAAUCAUCAUCCAGAAAAUCCAGAAAACUGAGGAUCUCAUCAGUUGGAAACAUUAGCACUUUGAAAACUUUUUUGGCCAGCUUUAAUUUAAUGGCCCUGUGAUGUUCACAUCUAAGGUGACUAACAAUGACAAAGGCCUUAUGAACUGUACAGAUAAUUCAGAAGACUAUCCUUAUCCUCAUUACAUUUCUAUGCAUCUAUGGAAAAACAUUUUAAAGCCAAGAAAAUAUCUGUCAAACCAUCUCUGUUAGAAAGAUGUCAUCUCAUGCUUUUAAUUUAGCAUCAGUAGAAACUUGUUGUAAAUAAAUUUCACAUUUCUCUGCAACCAAAUAGAUUUCAUUUUUAGCUUAAACUUUGAUCCUGCCUAAUGUUAGUGAAUCUUAGUUAUUGAUCUGUAAAUUUAUUUGUCUAAAAGAAUGCUAAAGGAGUAAUUUGAAAGACCAAUUAUAAAUGCUCUUUCAAUUGGUGCACUUAAGGCUGUUCUUUAAUUUUUUUCAACUGCUCUUUGAUUCUCCCUCCUAAUAUCCUUCCAAUAUAUAGUUGUUUUUAAUCAUUAAAUACCUUUUUUGUGGUUUUGGAGACUAAGCUGAGGAAACUUUAUUAACUUAAGCAUUCUUAUGCUAUUUUCUUUUGCUUUUAAUUUAGCUUUUCUAGGAUUUUAAUAACAAAAAAUUCAGCUUCAGACUUUCAAAUGAACUUGAAUGGGGGGAGAACAUGAGUUUGAUUCUGAGUAUAUUCCUUUGCCUUACAUGGUCUUUUCUUUGACAUUCUGUAAAACUUUGUUUUUGCGUCAUAAGAUUACUUAUGUACCAAAUACUACACUUUAAAUAUUUUCCUAUUCUCUGAUCUUUAGAAUUAUUUAUGUUCCAAUUUUUGGGGGGAAUCCUAUUUCCUACAUAAGCUCAGGACUUUAUAACCUCUGAAUUGAGUGCCUUUGAGUUACACAUGCUAAUAGAAAUUUCAUAGUAAAUGUAAAUAAGGUCAGAGGAUGUCACAUAGAAGUUGAUGAUAAAGCAUUAAUGUAAAAAUAGAAAUUAUUUUUGUCAAAAAUGAGAUGUACAUUUGUCAUGAUAUAUAUAUGUUGGCUUCUUGUGUUUACUGCUACUUUGAAAAGAGCCAUGCUCAUUGUCUUUCCAGUCAGAGUGAAUACUUUUUGUGGUUAAUGUAUAUUUUUUAGUAUGUUUUAAAAAAUGGGAAUCACUUUUAUGUAUCUGUACAAACAAUAAAUACCCAUUUGGAAAAAGAAUAAAUAAGCUCUUGUAUAAAAUGGACCAAAAAAAAAAAAAAAACUUAGUUGAAACCAGAAUUUUUUUUCUUUCAGGUUACAAUAGAUAUUUUCCAAUUAUAUUUAACUUUUGGAAUUUAUUGAUAGUGUUUCUUCCCCAAUAAUAUGUCCAUAGAUUUAUAAAUUGUUUCUGUCCUUUCAAAAUACAUCCUCCUGAUUAAUUUAAAGGAAGCUUUUAAAUGCCUCCCCCAUCUCUGCCCCCAGAACUGUAGUUUAAAUGUUUCUAAUACAAUAAUUUGGCAGCAUCAAGAGGCUACAUUUCUUUUUUUAGUAUUUGGCUAUAAUUAUAUCUCAGAAGAGGUUUUUAUAUAUAGCAUCAGAGGUUCCUUGCCUUUUAUAUAUUAAAUAUAAAUACCAAUCUUGAAUUAUUUUAAUAAUUGAAUUUUUUACCAAUCUUGGGAGUAAAGAUAAAGUUUUGAGUCUAUUAGUGAGUAAAAUUAAUUAUUUCAUUUCACUUAUAUAAACUAACCAAAUUGGAAUUAUAUAUGUUUCUUGUCCAUUGGUACUUUCCUGGCUAAAUUGCUUGUGUCAUCGACAAACAAAACCAUAAUUUCUUCAGUCACAAGUAGGUUUUGCUGUCAUUUGAGAAAUUAAUAAUUGUCAGCUAGUACUUCACAUUGAUAGCCAAGAUCUGCUUGUAUUUUCUUACCAAAUACUUCAAUGUUUGCAUACUUUUCACUUUUUUCAAUAGGAAUAUUUUCAAUAAAGUAUUAAAGUGUCAGCUGACA